UCCUUUCAUCAUAUAUUACACGCCUCAAAAUCACAUCAUGGUCCCAACAUAAACGUAGAUUGUUGUUAAGAUAGUUAAAAGCUCAGAUCCUCUCUCUCUUGCUCUCUCUCUCUCUCUCCACGAAGAUAUGGCGAAGCCUGAGAGGCCUCCGUCGGGUCGCACCAACUUGGCCUCGUGUGUCGUUGCCACCAUUUUCUUGAUCUUCCUUCUCAUGGUUAUCUCAAUCGUUUACUUCACAGUGUUCAAGCCUCAAGACCCCAAGAUCGCCGUCAGCACCAUCCAACUCCCUUCCUUCUCCGUCGCUAACGGAACCGUCAGUUUCACGUUCUCCCAGCACGCCUCCGUCCGGAACCCUAACAGAGCCUCGUUCUCCCAUUACGAUAGCUCCCUCCAGCUUAUCUAUUACGGGAAACAGGUUGGGUUCUUGUUUAUCCCCGCCGGCGAGAUCGACGCCGGCAGAACUCAAAACAUGGCCGCCACUUUUAAUGUUCAGUCUUUCCCGUUGGGCUUAGGGUUAGGGCCCACUAACUUUGCCGAUGGGGUUAAUAGAGUGGGGCCCUCAAUGGAGAUCGAGUCGAGGAUAUCGAUGGCGGGGCGGGUGAGGGUUCUGCACCUCUUCAGUCAUCACGUGGUGGCCAAAGCCAGAUGCAGGGUCGCCGUCGCCGUCACCGACGGAUCCGUCUUAGGUUUUCAUUGCUAAUUCUUUCUUCUUCCUUUCUCUUUCUAAUCUUUUUUUUUUUUG